ACUAACUGUGAGUCAGGCGGUUUAGCGUGCGGCAAUUUUUCACUGAGAGCAGUAGCAGUGUGUGUUUAAUUUUUAUAAAAAUUUUUAUUAAAACUCGCAUAAUACAGACGAAAUAUGUCGACAUUGGCAAGUCCCUUAUCCAUCGCUGGCACGCGGCAGUCCGGCGCUUCUGUGCGCACACAGAACGUUAUGGCAGCGCUGUCCAUAUCGAAUAUUGUCAAGAGCUCGUUGGGCCCUGUUGGCUUGGAUAAAAUGUUGGUUGAUGAUAUUGGCGAUGUUACAAUUACCAAUGAUGGAGCAACUAUUCUCCGUCUGCUCGAGGUGGAGCAUCCAGCAGCAAAGGUGCUAGUGGAGCUGGCUCAGCUGCAGGAUGAGGAGGUUGGCGAUGGUACCACAUCCGUUGUUAUAUUGGCCGCUGAAUUGCUGAAAAACGCCGACGAAUUGGUCAAGCAGAAAAUUCAUCCUACUUCCAUUAUCUCUGGUUACCGUAUUGCCUGCAAGGAAGCGUGCAAAUAUAUUUCAGAGCACCUGACUGCACCAGUGGACGAGCUUAGCCGUGACUCACUCAUUAACAUCGCAAAGACUUCAAUGAGCUCCAAGAUCAUUGGCGCCGAUGCCGAUUUCUUUUCCACCAUGGUUGUGGAUGCAGCUCAAGCUGUUAAGAUCACCGAUCCCAAGGGACAGGCAGCGUACUCUAUCAAAGCCAUAAACGUGCUGAAGGCACAUGGCAAGUCGGCACGCGAAUCGGUGCUGAUUCCCGGAUAUGCCUUGAAUUGCACCCUGGCCUCACAGCAAAUGCCUAAAAAAGUAGUUAACGCAAAAAUUGCCUGCCUGGACUUUUCGCUGCAGAAGACCAAGAUGAAGAUGGGCGUUCAAGUAUUGAUCAAUGAUCCCGACAAACUGGAGGCCAUUCGCGCACGUGAGCUGGAUAUCACCAAGGAGCGCAUCAACAUGAUUCUGGGCACCGGCGUCAACGUUGUCCUCUCCAGUGGCGGUGUGGAUGAUCUGUGCAUGAAGUACUUCGUUGAGGCAGGCGCCAUGGCUGUGCGCCGCGUUAAGAAGAGCGAUCUGAAAAUCAUUGCCAAGGCAACUGGUGCUGCAUUCCUUACCUCGCUGACAAACAUGGACGGCGAAGAGAGCUUCGAUGCAUCAAUGGUGGGCGAAGCAGCUGAGGUGGCUCAAGAGCGCAUUUGCGAUGACGAACUCAUUCUCAUCAAGGGCACCAAAGCACGUGCUGCUGCUUCCAUAAUUUUGCGUGGUCCUAACGACUUCUACUGUGAUGAAAUGGAGCGUUCCGUGCACGAUGCUCUUUGCGUGGUGAAGCGUGUGCUGGAGAGCAAAAAAGUCGUUGCUGGUGGUGGCUGCGUGGAGGCCGCUUUGUCCAUCUACCUAGAAAACUUUGCUACAUCGCUGUCAUCGCGGGAGCAGCUGGCAAUAGCCGAGUUUGCCAAAUCCAUGUUGGUCAUUCCCAAAACCUUGUCUGUUAACGCAGCCAAGGAUGCCACCGAUUUGGUAGCCAAGCUGCGCUCCUACCACAACUCCAGCCAAACCAACUCCAAGCAUGGCGACCUCAAGUGGACUGGCUUGGAUCUGAUUGAGGGUGUCGUGCGCGACAACAAGAAGUCGGGUGUGCUGGAGCCAGCCAUGUCGAAGAUAAAAUCGCUGAAGUUCGCCACAGAGGCAGCGAUUACCAUCUUGCGUAUUGACGACAUGAUCAAACUGAAUCCCGAGGACAAGAGCGGCAAGAGCUACGGCGAUGCCUGCGCCGCUGGCGAGCUAGACGGUUAAGCCGAUCUCUUGUCACCUCUUCUAUUUGUUUAGACACUUAAUCUUAUGGAAAACUCACUGCAAACUUUCGCGCCACCCCAUUUAUAAUAAUUGUAACAACAAUUUAAUUGUUUUUUCUUUGUGCUAACUGCGAUUUGUAUUAACCCCGCAUCCAUUUCUUCAAGCCUUCCUCAUUCACGUAAAAUGCAUAAUAAACGAAACAUCUGAAUAUGCUGCGGCGUAUACAAAACUAAA